AGAGACUUCGCACCUCAUUUCGAUGUGUGACAUUCUGCCUACGCUCACUUGUGAUGAUCCGACGCUUUCUAUAAAUGGAACCCAUAACAUCGAUUGCCACGAACACUCAAUUAAAUUUUCUACUACCUCAAGGUUCUAUUGGACUACACGACAAGCGGAUACGAAGGAUAGGUGUGAUAGCACGAUGUUUUAUUCGAAGUGGUCCUACGACAUUAAUCAGAAAACCCUUCAUUUCUAGAUCCUCAAGGACGUCUUUAUUGGAUCACACAACGAGCAAAAUACAAAUGGAUAAGGGCUGAAGAUUGAAGCAAAGAGCAUGGAAAAAAUAACUAUUUUGGAUGAAGGUUACCUUUAAGAAACUAGCGGAAACGCAGAAUUUGAAGCAA